AUGUCGAGCGAUCAUCAAGACGAGCGUGCCAGACUCGCGAUCGGGGGACCAUUCCCGACUGAGGCUACGGGAGAACUCCCCCCUCUCCGAGGACCUCGGGAAGAGCGUCCCGCUACGGCUUCGGAGCGCUACUGGCGGUUCUUCAACGAUCCGGGCUUAUCGCCCCCCGACGGAACCACCGGCAAUCCGCCGCCCGUAUCGGCAGAAGCCUUCCACGGCCUCACUCACCAGGUCCAGCUACUCACCGACAUGGUACAAACCAUUGUCCCCCUUGUCUCUCGUCCAUCUCGGCCCCCGGGCCCCCAGCCGUUGUAUCAACAGGGGGUCCCUACUCAAGCUCCCACCCAGCUUCGAGAGCCCCCCACCUCACCACGGGUGCCGCUAUCUCAAACCCGCGAGCAGGCGGUGGUCUGCCCGGAAGGCCACUCGGAACCAGAGGCUCUAUCCUCGAACUCUGCAGUUUCCCUCCGCGCUCAGCUGCGUCUCGUCAACGAACGGCUUGAUAAUGUGCAAAGGGAAAUCCAUGCCGGACCACCAGGAGAGCCCACGGAAGGCCCACAUCAGGGGUCGCCGUUCGUGCCGAAGAUACUGGAGCACGCCAUUCCCCCAGGCUUCCGACUCCCCCCCCUGGACACUUAUGACGGCUCCGCGGACCCGGCCGACCACACAGCGGCCUUCCGCGCACAAAUGUCGUUGUACGGGACCUCUGACGCCUUGAUGAGCAGGGCAUUCCCCACCACGUUGAGAGGGCCGGCCCUCGCGUGGUACGGAGGCUUGAAGACUGCGACGAUCGCCUCAUUCGAUCAGCUCGCUAAGAACUUCGAGCUCCACUUCAUAGCUUGCGCUCGCCCAAAGCCUUCCAUGGCGUUCCUCCUCGGGCUUACCCAGAAGGAGGAUGAGCCCCUCUCCCUUUAUGUAAAUCGCUUUGCUACAAGGAUCCGGGAACUCUCGGACGCUCACCCUUCACUAUCAAUGCAGGCGUUCGUAACAGGCCUGCGUCCCUCCCGGCUCUUCUGGUCUCUCGUGGAGCGACCUCCUACCUCGGUCCCCGAGAUGCUCCAGCGCGCGAACCAGUUCGUGGAAGUCGAGGCCUGGACGGGGGGGAAACGGCAGGAGCACAAGAGGGAAAGACCAGAGCCGGCUCAGGGACCUCCCCCUCCCAGACGCAAGCUCCACCAACCCGAUCCUCCCCUGCUAGGACCCCUCAGGGGUACAUCCCGCACAGAAGUCUUUCUCCAGAUCAGGGAAAGGGGACUGCUCAAAACCCCUUACCCGAUGAACAACCCGCGAGAACUGGCCGACCGGUCCAAGUACUGUCGCUUCCACCGCCAAAACGGACAUGACACGGAGGAAUGCCGCGAGCUCUCGCGGCAAAUCUACGAACUCCGCCGGGAAGGACGCCUCGACCCCUCCGACGAUCAGACAGGCAACAUCCCCCCCACCUGCCCAGACGGCCCGGCCGAGCGCCUAAUCAGCGUCAUCACUGGCGGACCAGCGUCCGGAGGGGAUAGCAUGUCUGGAAGGAAGGCCUACGCCCGCUCGGCCUGGGACGAGGGUCCCCAUGGAACUCCCGACCCCCAGGUCACAUUUCCCCCCGAAGUCGCCGGACGACUGGAGCAUGACGACGCGCUGGUAAUAACCGCCAGAAUCGCCAAUGCCCAGGUAAGAAGGAUUAUGAUUGACACAGGAAGCUCGGCGGAUAUACUGUUCCACGACGCCUUCCAGAAGCUGGGACUUACGAAGCAAGCCCUGAAACCCGUCCGCUCGGACCUCACCGGAUUCACCGGCAACUCGGUUUCACCUUUGGGAUCAGUCACACUACCUCUGACGCUGGGGACACCGCCCAAGACUAAAACGGUGAUGUCGACCUUUCUGAUAGUAGACCUUCCUACAGCGUACAAUGCCAUCCUCGGCCGACCUUCCCUCAACAAAAGCAGGGCCCUGGUUUCCACUUACCAUCAGACAGUGAAAUUCCCGACUCACGCGGGAACUGGGGAGGCUUGGGGAAGCCCUCGGGAAUCCAGGCGAUGCUACCUGACGGCGGUCUCCCUACACAACAGGGCAAAAACCGAAGCACCCCUGGACGAUCCCAGAAAAAUGAAGCGGCCAAAUCCACAUCCCGAGCCGUCGGCCCCGACCUACGACGUGUCACUCAAAAAAGGACGCCCGGACCGAACCAUUAAGGUCGGGGCUGACCUACCCCAGGACGAGCGGGAACAACUCGUCGGCCUCUUGCAGGAGAACGCCGACGUCUUCGCUUGGUCGCCAUCUGACGCAGCAGGAGUGGACCCGAAGGCAACCCAACAUCACCUCAACAUAUCGCCUGAUGCCCGCCCGGUGAAACAAAGGCCGCGACCCCAGGCCCCGGACAGGCAGCAAGCUGUCCGCCAGGAGGUAGAACGGCUCUUAGCGGCCGACUUUAUAGAAGAGGUCAAAUACCCACAGUGGCUAUCCAAUGUAGUUCUGGUAAAAAAGCAUAAUGGGAGCUGGCGAAUGUGUGUUGACUACACCAGUCUUAAUCAGGCGUGCCCAAAGGACUGCUACCCCCUUCCAAGAAUCGAUCAGCUCGUGGAUGCAACCGCAGGGCACGCCCGACUCUCAUUCAUGGACGCCUUCUCCGGAUAUAAUCAGAUCCGAAUGACGCCUGAGGACCAGAGACACACAGCCUUCAUCACCAACCUCGGGGCAUACUUUUACAAAGUAAUGCCGUUCGGACUAAAGAACGCAGGCGCAACUUAUCAGAGAACCAUCAACAAGAUAUUCGCCCAGCAGAUAGGGCGAAACCUGGAGGUCUAUGUGGACGACAUGAUUGUAAAAAGCCGGGUCUCGGGAGAUCACCUAACGGACCUAUCAGAAACAUUUGCCACACUCCGAAACUGCGGCCUUCGGCUCAACCCCGCAAAAUGUGCCUUCGGCGUCAGUACAGGAAAGUUCCUCGGAUUCAUUAUACACGAAAGAGGGAUCGACGUCAACCCGGAAAAGGUCCAGGCGAUCCUCGACAUGCAGGCCCCUCGGGCGGUCAAAGACCUACAGCGGCUGAACGGACGGCUGGCCGCCCUAUCCCGAUUCCUGUCCCGUUCGGGCGAUCGCUGCCUAGCCUUCUUCUGCGCAAUAAGAGAUCCGAAGAAUUUCCAAUGGACGCCCCAGUGUGAGGAGGCUUUCCGACAGGUCCAGCAGCAUUUAGCCAACCUUCCCCGCCUUGCUUCAGUCACUACUGGGGAAGAGCUCUGCGUUUACCUAGCUGCCUCACAGCACGCAGUCAGCUCGGUACUCGUCAAAGAAGCCGGCGAACAGCUCCCCGUCUACUACACUAGUCAUGUCCUGUCCGGGCCCGAGGAGCGAUAUCCUCCAAUCGAGAAGCUCGCCCUCGCGCUCGUGCUGGCAGCCCGAAAGUUACGCCCCUACUUCCAAGCUCAUCCGAUCAAGGUCGACUCCUCAAGUGGUCGGUCGAACUCGGAGAGUUCGACAUCCACUACACGCCGGCCGAGUGAACUAGGCGGAACAUGGGUCCUACAGGUGGACGGCUCAUCCGCUUCAACCGGCGCAGGCGCAGGACUAGUGCUGUCGGCCCCCGACGGGCAGACGUUCGAGCGUUCCCUCCGCUUCGGGUUCCAUGCCACCAACAAUGAAGCCGAGUACGAAGCACUCCUGGCGGGGCUCAGACUAUCCCGCGAAAUGCAGGUCGACGCCAUCAAAGUCCUCACCGAUUCGCAGCUGGUGACCGAGCAACUUAACGGCGGAUACGUGGCCAGAGAACCCGCCAUGGCAAAAUACGUAGCGGAGGUAAAAAACUUAGCCUCCUGUUUCGCACACUUCACGAUAUCCAGGGUGCCAAGACUACAAAACGACUGUGCCGAUGAGUUGGCCAAGCUAGCCUCGAAGCGACCCCCGGGCGCCACCCACGGGAUCGAGGAGCUCCCCUCCCCCUCUAUCCCGGUCGCGUGUGUUUCGGCGGCCGGCUCCCAAGCCACCUGGUUAGGGGACAUGCUGCGCUACAAACGCGACGGGACCCUCCCCACCGACGAAGCCGCAGCCCGACGUAUUCGCCGGAAACAUGCAUGGUACUCCGAAGCCAACGGCCGGCUGUACAAGCGGUCUUUCUCCCACCCUCUUCUACGGUGCCUCGAGCCAGAAGAGGCGGCGGUUGUCCUGGCUGAGGUCCACGAAGGGAUUUGUGGAGAGCACAUCACCGGCCGGACCCUGGCCUGCAAGAUUCUCCGCCAAGGCUAUUACUGGCCCACCAUGGUCCAGGACGCGAUGGCCUACGUACGGAAGUGCGGCCCGUGCCAAAAGCACGCCCGGACCCCCCAACUACCGGCGGUCCCACUCUCCCCCAUCACAUGCGCGUGGCCAUUCGCGCAAUGGGGGCUGGAUCUCCUCGGCCCCUUCCCACCAGCCUCAGGGCAGAGAAGAUACAUCGUGGUCGCAAUAGACUACUUCACCCGAUGGCCGGAAGCCGAACCGUUGGCGGCGAUCACCGAGCAGCAGAUCGAGAAGUUCAUAUGGAAAAACAUCGUGACCCGGUUCGGCCUCCCCAGGACCAUCGUCACGGACAACGGGACCCAGUUCUCCGGCAAAAGGAUUCAGGAAUUCUGCGCUAGCUAUGGAAUCCGGUUAAAACACAGCUCGGUAGCCCACCCCCAGACGAACGGACUAGCCGAGGUAACAAACCGAUCUAUCCUGGAUGGGCUCAAAAGAAGGGUAUCAGCUUCCCGAACGGCCUGGGUCGAGGAGUUACCCAGCAUCUUGUGGUCCUUGCGGACCACCCCCAAAACAGCCACCGGGGAGUCACCCUACAGCCUCUCGUAUGGGACCGAGGCCGUCCUUCCCCCCGAGGUAGUAUUCCCCACCCCUCGAGUAGAAGAGUAUCAAGAGACCACAUCGGACCAGGGGCUGCGCGCCGGCCUGGACCUGAUCGAAGAGCGGCGCGCCGGCGCACACCGGAGGGAGCUUUCUUACAAAAGAGCAGUUGCCCGGGUGUACAACCGCAGGGUACGACCUCGGCCCAUUAAAAUGAACGACUUAGUCCUGCGAAGGGCCGAAGUUAGCAACCCGACCAGGGCCGGGGGCAAGCUGGCCCCCAACUGGGAGGGACCUUAUCGGAUCAUCGAGGUAGUCCAACCGGGCACAUACAAGCUCGCGACAAUGGACGGGUCCCGCUUGCCGAGAACAUGGAACGUCCGGAACCUUAAAAGAUUUUUUGUUUAG